AUGGGCUCCCCAAGCUUGUGCGAUAUGUGCGGCAAGAAGUUUAAGGUCUUUGGGAUAAAAAAGAAGUGUAAAAACUGCAUGGAUGUUGUAUGCAAAGCCUGUCUACCGACUCAUUUAGAGCUAAAACAUACGCGUCGGAAUGGCAAGUUUCGACGCCCCACUUCUCGCGAUAUUUUUGACGUAAUGGGCAAUGAUGAACAGGAAGAAGUGCAAUUUCGGUCACCCGUUAGCUCUUUAGACUUGAAACUUGAGGGUGUAGAAACAGAUGGACCCGAAGAUGUGGACAGUAUUGAAGUAGUGAGUGAUGAAGACGAUGACGGAGACUUGUAUGACGAUGACGCUGAACACGAUGCCGAAGAUGACGAGUUACUCGUGACAACUCGUUCGAGGCAGCCAUUGAUUGAAAAUAUCGAGACUCAGUACAGAGAAUUAUGCCUGAUUCAAGAAGCCGUGGCUACGUGGGCUAAGAAAGAGAAACUUGCCAAACAGGAAAUGCGACGCAAAAAAUACGAGUGCAGUAUGAUACCAACGUUUCUUGACGUCUGUGACUAUGACAACUGUAACAUAUUAAAACCUGUGAGCUAUGCUGUGACGGCUACAGUAGUUGUCUGGUUACUCUUUGGGCUCGUAUUGGUCAUCUAUUUGCAAGUACGCAAUUUACCCAUUAAUUAUAGAUAG